CUGGAUAAAGUCCAACAACUGCGCUCCUGCUUCAGACGGACCGCAGCGCCUUUUCAAAGAAGGUCAGAUCUCUGGACUUUUCCUUUUAAACGAAGGAUUCUCUGUUUAAGCCGGGGAUUAGUUAAACUAUUAAACUAUCCUCUCAAUCAACUGCUUUUCUCAUUUGGCCUUAAGAGGAAGCACAAGGCGCCACUUUUAAAGAUGCUCUGCGCCUUUUCCCUUUUGAAUUUGUGAAGUGAGGGAGUGGGGCGAGUGGAGAAGAAGAGAUCUUCGUGACUUCACUAUAGGGGCGGACGUCUCCAGAAGCCUUCGACACUUUCACGGGCUGCAGGGGCGGGCUCAUUGGGGAGUGAGCUGGUCAGUUUGAAGGAUGGCUGGAUGUUGCGUGUCGGCGGAGGACAGAGAGAACCAGAGGAUCAACGAGGAGAUCGAGAAGCAGCUGCGGAGGGACAAGAAGGACUCUCGCAGGGAGCUGAAGCUGCUGUUGCUGGGUACUGGAGAGAGUGGAAAGAGUACCUUCAUCAAACAAAUGAGGAUUAUUCAUGGAGGAGGAUACACAGAUGAGGACAAGAAGAGCUACGCCAAACUGGUCUUCCAGAACAUAUACACUUCCAUGCAGGUCAUGGUCCGAGCCAUGGAGGCACUUAGUAUAUCUUUCUCGGAUCCCCAGAACAAGGGCCAUGCAAACUCAGUCCUGGAGGUGGAAGUGGACAAGGUGGAGGAGUUUGAUCAAAGCCUUGCGGACGCCAUCAGGAGUCUGUGGAAAGAUGCGGGAAUACAGGAGUGCUACGACCGACGCAGGGAAUACCAGCUGUCCGACUCCACCAAAUACUAUCUCACCGAUCUCGAUCGAAUUGCACAACCCUCUUAUAUACCUGACCUGCAGGAUAUCCUCAGAGUCCGAGUACCAACCACCGGUAUCAUAGAAUACCCCUUUGACAUGGAGAAUGUCAUCUUCAGGAUGGUGGAUGUCGGGGGUCAGAGGUCAGAGAGGAGGAAGUGGAUCCACUGCUUUGAGAAUGUCACCUCCAUCAUCUUCCUGGUGGCGCUCAGUGAGUACGACCAGGUCCUGGCUGAGUGCGACAACGAGAACCGUAUGGAGGAGAGCAAGGCCCUGUUCAAAACCAUCAUAACCUAUCCCUGGUUCCAGCGCUCCUCUGUCAUUCUUUUCCUCAACAAGACCGACAUCCUCAAGGAGAAGAUCAUGUACUCUCAUGUAGCCACCUACUUCCCUGAAUUCACAGGACCGCAGCAGGAUCCUACAGCAGCUCAAGAAUUCAUCCUGAAGAUGUACCAAGAACAAAACCCGGACAAGGACAAGACACUGUACCCUCACUUUACCUGCGCCACAGACACAGAAAACAUCCGCUUCGUCUUUGUGGCCGUCAAAGACACCAUCCUCAGACACAACCUGAAGGAGUUCAAUCUGGUCUAAAGAGGUGCAGGACAGGAGGAGACAGGUGGAAACAAGAGGGUAGAAGGAUAGACAUGAGGAGAGCCAAGAUAGGAGAAUUACAUUAAACAACUUGACAGUGCUUUUUCUCUGCUGUCUAAACAGAGAACAAUUAGACUUUACAAUUCCUCCGUUUACAAAACCACUGAAAAUAUCCUCAUCUCCUAAUCCAAAUGUUUUAAAAUGUUCACGUCAUUGUGCCUAUAAAAAUGCAGCCAAAGAGAAUAUGAACAUGUAAGAGUUAAACCCAAACUACUGUAUCUGUAGGUUGCUGUGUCUGAAAUGCAAUUUUUGAGUUUUGUAGUUUCCAUUCCACCCUUUAUAGAGAUUUACUUUAAGAAGAUGAUACUUUGCAAUAGAAGUGAAAGUUAGUGUUAAUAGCAUUGACCUCUUGUGUGAGCUAGUUAUUUUAUUUUUUUAUUACUACAAUACUUUUUAAGAAAUUGGAUCCAAGUGCUUCAAUUGAUACAAUUUCUGCUCAUGCAAUGAGUUUUGUGGUUUGAUAUUUAAAUUUGUGUAGUUUUUUUUCUCCUUUUCUAACACUGAGCCACCUGUGCUGGCUUUUGCCUCAAGUGCCUUAUUUACUCAGGACAGACAGCACAUCCACUGAGAUUGUUUUAGAUGUAAAUAAUCUCAGUUGUGCUUUGAAAAAUGCUACUCAAGGAGAAAUGGAAACGAUAUUUAUGGUAGUUUUUAAUAAACAGUUCUAGUUAUUUAAUGAA